AGAGGGGACUGAGGCAGCUUGGCCAUAUUGUGCAGCAGUUCCUCUCAUCUCCUCUCAUUCCUCCUCACAGCGGCUGCGUCACACGUUAAGGCGCUUGUGUGAAUGACACAAUCAACAACACACGUCCCCGUUUAAGGAGGGAAAACCACUGCAGAAAUAAAGUCUAUUUUUCAAAACAAUUCGCUCGACUGACAAGGUUGGUGUGCGCACAAAAUGGUUAAACUGGGAAAUAAUUUCAGUGAGAAAAACAAUGGGAAGGUGGCUUCUGAAGACGGAUUUGACACAAUCCCCCUCAUCACACCUUUAGAUGCCAGCCAGCUUCAUUUCCCUCCGCCAGACAAGGUGGUGGUGAAGACAAAGGCGGAUUAUGACAGCGAGACCAAGAAGGGCAAGAUCAGAUCUCCCAAAAUCGCAGAGUUCUCAAUAAGCAUCAUCGAAGGGGUGUCCGAGCGACUCAAAGUGACCUUGCUGGUGAUCUGUGCUCUGGCCUUCUUGGUGUGUGUGGUGUUCCUGGUGGUCUACAAGGUCUACCAGUAUGAGCAGCCAUGCCCUGACAGCUUCGUCUAUACGCAAGGUCGUUGUAUGCCAGCUGGGAUGUACGGCGGCAACUUCCCCCACCAGGGCCCGGGGAGCCGCGGGCGCCUCUUCACCCUCAUCAACCACUACAACAUCGCCAAGCAGACCAUCACUCGGUCCGUCUCGCCGUGGAUGACCAUUAUGUCUGAGGAGAAGGUCACCCAACAGGAGACGGAGACGGCGCAGAAGCUGGCCUAACCGAUCGGGCGUGGCCUCGCCCGCCGAGGGGGGAAUCAAUAAUAUGGUUGUGCCAUUCAAGCAAACUCAAGUCCUGCUUCUAAACGUGCCCGAGGUGCUGCGCUGCCUUCAAGGUCGGCUGAAUGUGUGGAAAUUGGGGUCACGUUUACAGCAAGAUGAGCCUUCAGCUGGCUUUGUGGUUUGUUUGAAUAGCAUAUGCUGUUAUUUAUUGAUACACAGCUGAGUGGCUUACAUACAUGUAAAAUCGCCACACACGCGCACACACACUCUUGAUGUUAACUUUGUGCAUAAACACACGUUAGUCUUCAAUUUAGUGAAAUAACUGUGAACGAUCUCGUUUGUGACACUUUUAGAGAAACAUGCACGCGCGACAAUUAGAAUCGUACUUUGCUUUUAUUGCUUUCAAAUAGAACUUGUUUGGAUUAAUGUAGUUGUCAUGACAACAGCAACGUUUGCAGCAUAAAUGCCAAAUUCACAAGAAUAGAGGGGGGAAUCGUCGACACCACCCGAGGCACUCUUGACGAUCAUUUCAAAGCUGUAUUUAAUACAUGUAUUCAAUAAGACAGCUUCUGCUUUCUGGUAAUUACGUAUAGUGCUUUUUAAGACCUACUAAAAUGUUGUGAGAAGAACUGUCUGCACCAGCACCAAAUGUAUUUUGCACAAUUCUAAGUUGUGCACUUUAACCCCAAACUGCUUUUCUUCUUUGUCGCUGUAUCAACUAAGUGUAUUUAUAAAAGAUGAUCACCCUUUUUGUGAACACUUGAUUGAAGCUAAAGGCUACACAUAACUUUUACGCUGCUCGACCGAAUGUUUUUUGGCUUUGAUAGUAAUGACGCUGUAUUGUGCAACCGUGUGGAUUUUUAAAUGUCAACAGAUGGCGAGUGGAAGCCAUCGAUUUACUGACUGUUUUAGUUGAACAAUCUGAAAGUAGUUGCUUGUCCUGUUGUUUUGUUUUCCCGUACAUCUGUUAAAUGGUCACAAAUGCCUCAUUUUCAUACAGUGUAAUAAGUCAAGUGCAUUUGCUACAUUCAAUGUGAAAUGACAAAUUGAAAUAAAGUGCCCACCUUUCCCACCAACAAAAGGUGUUGAGUCUUUAUGCUGAUUUGUUGAUUUGAAACUGUCACCAUUUGCUGGAAAAACUACUUUGAGGUCAAUGAAGUGCUUUUUCUGCCAUCUUGUGGAAUCAAUGGGCAAUUUCUUAGGGAGUGGUGGCGGCACUGUAGAUGUACCUCAAUGAAAAC